UCAUGUAGAUUUUUCUUUUUUCCUACUAUUCUAAGAGAAGACAUGUUCUUCUAACAAAACAUGCCAAAUCUCAGUGCCCAAGAAAAUUAUUAUUAUUGUUGUUGUUGUUGUUUCUCCUGUAGUGCCUUUCCUAAUGUUAGCAUGCUAAGCUGGACUUUAAAGCAGGUCUUUGAAGUUUCAAUAAACUCACAUAUUUACUUUAAUAGACAUUUCUAUAUAUUUAAUAUACCAUAUAUUCUAACUCUGUUUUGGUUUACUGACGGACCCGGUUAGAAUCUGUUUUAUUAAAACUCCAGCUCCGGUUGUUCUGAUUGGACGUGCAGCGCAGGGGACGGCGUGACGUCAGCUACUUAUGAGGAACACCUGUGCCUAAUAUGGUCAGGCGGCGGCAGCAGCAGCGGAGCUGUCUGAGCUCAGAGGGAAAGUUUCAAACAAAACCCAAAUAUCAGCAUGUAGAAGCAUCAUGUCAGCUGCAGACCAGUAACCUCUCAGCUCUCCUGAAGGUUCCUGAAGGUUCUCCUCUCUGGCUGGAGGUUCGGUCCUGGAGGUAGCAGCAUGAGGGUGGUGGGGUUGAAGUGCCCGGUGCUCGUCCUGGUGGUCGUCAUGCUCGUCCUGUACGUGAGCAUGUUCCUGAAGAGUGGGUACGAGCAGAGAGCGGGUUCUGAGCAUCAGCUGGAGCCUCGGAAGGCCAAGAGCUUCUCUGACCUGGAGGAGAGCAUCAGCAACCUCCACAACGUCGUCAAAGGUUUUGAGAAGAAGCAGAAUGACAUGCAGAAGAUGCUGGAAGAGGACAAAGCCAAGCGGGAAAAAGCUGCAGAGCUGAUAAAUUCGAUAGUCCUGAAGCAGUCGGGUCAGAAAGAGCAGCCAGAGAACAAGCAGGAGGCCGACAAAGAGAAGUCCAAGAAACUGUUCCCUAAAUCUGCCCUGUUUAAGCAGUGGGGGGACGGUCUGUCCGAGGACGACCAGAGGGAGGCGCAGGCUCUGUUUGAGAAGUACGGAUACAACGUUUUCCUCAGCGAUCGCCUCCCUCUGGAUCGACCUCUUCCAGACACCCGAGUUCCAGGGUGCUUGAAAAAGACUUAUCCAAAGGACCUGCCGAGUCUCAGCGUGGUGCUCAUCUACCUGAACGAAGCGCUGUCGGUCAUCAAAAGAGCCCUGCGCAGUAUCAUCGACCGCACGCCGAAGAACCUCCUGAAGCAGAUCAUAAUGGUGGACGACAACAGCUCAAAUGAGAACCUGAAGGGCGACCUUGACCUGUACGUGAAGUCUCUGCAGGAGCAGAACCCAAACCUUCGUUUUACCAGAGUGAGACACACCGAGCAGCGAGGCCUCGCUCAUGCCAGAGUCUCUGGCUGGAAGGCGGCUACCGCUGACGUGGUGGCCAUCCUGGACGCUCACAUUGAAGUCCAUGAGCUGUGGGCUGAACCUCUGCUGACACAGAUCAAAGCUGACCGAACAGUAGUGGUGUCUCCCGUCUUCGACAGAGUCAACUUUGAUGAUCUCAAAGUCAUCCAGUACCAACCAGCAGCGCACGCCUUCGACUGGGCUUUGUGGUGCAUGUAUGAAGGUUUCAUGCCCGAGUAUUACAAACAAAAUGACAAUUCAUUGCCUGGGAAAAGUCCGUCAGUCAUGGGAAUCCUAGUUGCUGACAGGAAGUUUCUUGGGGAAAUUGGAGUUCUCGACGAGGGAAUGAAAGUGUACGGUGGAGAAAAUGUUGAGCUGGGAAUUCGCGUGUGGACAUGUGGAGGCAGUAUUGAAGUAGUUCCAUGCUCCAAGAUCGCCCACAUCGAGCGCUACCACAAGCCCUACCUGCUGGACCUGAGUCCUGCCAUGAAGAGAAACGCCCUGAGGGUUGCAGAAAUCUGGAUGGAUGAAUACAAGCACAACAUCAACUUGGCCUGGAACUUACCAUUUGAGAAUCAUGGAAUUGACAUAGGAGACAUCUCGGAGAGGAAGAAACUCAGAGAGAGGCUGAACUGUAAACCUUUCAAAUGGUACCUGGACAAUGUCUAUCCUAAGCUGGAUCCCUGGGAUGACCUACUUGCAUAUGGAGGAAUGAAGAAUCUUGAUGCUGACAUGUGUGUAGACCAAGGUCCGGUACCAGGUCAUACACCCAUCGCCUUCAACUGCUACUACUACGGACCUCAAUACACAUAUUUCCGAGGAACUGGUGAGCUCUACAUUGGCGGCAUCAAGUCCCACAAGUACAACGACAACCGAUGUUUGACCGACGCUGGCCAAAAGGAAACCGAGCCCGGCCUGUACAACUGCAAAGAGGCUAUGCAGAAAGGAAUGGGGAUAUACUGGGACUUCACUCAGGGCAAAGAAAUGAAGAACAGACAGACAAAAAGAUGCCUGGAAAUUAAAGACCGGAAGCUUGUCAUACAGGAAUGCUCUGGCCAACGAUGGGAAAUUCAAAAUGUCAUCAAAGCAUUUUGAACUGUGUGUGUGUGUGUGAUUUCACUUCUCUGCUGAUAGGUCAGUGGAUAAAAACCCCUGAAUGAGUAAAAUGUAAAAGAAAC